AGAUAUUAACAAUACUGUUUUCAUGUGUUUCCAUAGAUUUCCAUCCCCAUGUCGGCAGAGUUUGAUGAGCUGAUGAAGGCCAGAGAUAAUCCCACCGAGGAGGAGCAAAACCUGGUGGAGUUCUCUGAUGAGGAAGGAUACGGCCGUUACCUGGACCUCCACGACUGCUACCUGAAGUUCAUCAACCUAAAGGGAGCCGAGAAACUGGAGUACAUCUCCUUCCUGUCUUCAUUCGACCAGCUGUUUGACAUCCCCAAAGACAGGAAGAAUGCAGAGUACAAAAAGUACCUGGAGAUGCUGCUGGAGUAUCUGCAGGAUUACACAGAACGGGUCAAACCUCUGCUGGAUCAGAACGAGCUCUACGGGAAGGUGCUGGGGGAGUUCGAGAAGAAGUGGGAGAACGGGACGUUUCCAGGCUGGCCCAAAGAGACAAGUAGUGCUCUGACUCACUCCGGAGCUCAUCUGGACCUCUCUGCCUUUUCUUCCUGGGAGGAGUUGGCCUCUUUGGGUCUGGACAGAUUGAAGUCUGCGCUCAUGGCGUUGGGGCUGAAGUGUGGAGGGACUCUGGAGGAGCGAGCUCAGAGGCUGUUCAGCACCAAAGGUAAAUCUCUGGAAUCACUGGACCCGUCACUGUUCGCCAAAAACCCCAAAGCUAAAGGCCCUAAGAAAGACACAGAGAGGAACAAAGAGAUCGGCUUCCUGGAGGCUCAGGUCUAUGAUUACAUCGAGAUCCUCGGGGUGAGUAAAAUAUACAUUUGUAUUUAUUUAAGUUAUUAGUAUGUAGUGCAGAGU